CAUGAAGCCCACUUGAGGGCAGUCUUCAAGGUAUUGGAGGAACGAGCGGUCACUCUUUCGCCAGACAAGUCCUUUAUCGGUUUCCCAUCCAUCGAACUACUUGGUUUCAAUGUGGAUGCUUUCAACCUUUGGAACACAGAGGAUCGAGUACGCGCCCUUAAGCUUGUGGAAUUCCCCAGGAAUCUUUCCUCUCUGGAGAAAUGGCUG